UCCAACACUGAACACACAAGACUCAACACUCAACAUUGACUGAAGAUGCUGUGUUCCCGAGGAUUCCAGUCUUCCCUCAGCCCAUUGAUGGACUUCUACUGGCCUGUGCGCAGUCUAUGGCCAGAGGUCCGACCUCUUCUCAGCCAGCGGGAUCUACUGCAGAGAAACCUGCUAGAGAUCAAGAGCAGUCUGGAGCUGAUGGCAAAUCUCCAGCAGCAGAUCUUUGAAGAGUUGGACAAUGUCCCAUCCUCUUUGACAAUCCAACCAGUCUCCUACAAGCUGGAUAAAGAUGGAGAGGGCUUUGCCCUGACACUGGACACUAAAGACUUUUCCCCAGAGGAGCUGUCUGUCAAGCAGGUGGGCAGGAAGCUGAAAGUCAGUGGGAAGACAGAGAAGAAGCUGGAUGAUGGGGAAGGCUCCUACUCUUACAGAUGCCAAGAGUUCAGACAAGAGUUUGAUCUGCCUGAAAAUGUCAUGCAGAUCAUCGAAUGUGAGUGA